UGCUCUAAAUUACAACCAUUUGUACAACGUCGAGCAAGUCUUUCCAGCGUGGGGCAAUGUCUUAUGUACGGAGAGCGUCUAGUGAUUCCAACCAAGCUGCAACCUAAAGUGCUUCAGCUGCUACACAAGGGGCACCCUGGCAUCGAGCGAAUGAGGUCAGUCGCCAGAAACUAUGUUUAUUGGCCAGGGAUCGACGAUCAAAUAGCACAACGAGUCAAGGCUUGCAUCGAGUGCUCUAAAGCAGCAAAAACCAACAUCAAAACGAAUCUGCAAAGUUGGCCAGCACCUGAGCGACCGUGGCAGCGCAUUCAUGCUGACUUUGCUGGCCCCGUCGAUGGAAAUUUUUUCUUGAUCGUGGUAGAUUCGUACAGCAAGUGGCCCGAGGUUAUCCCGACGAAACGAAUCUCUACCGCAGCGACACUCAACAUGUUUCGAGAAAUCUUCGCCCGGCAUGGUAUGCCGGAAACACUAGUGACCGACAACGGAACCCAGUUUACUAGUGAAUGCUUCGAACGCUACUGUGAGUCCAACGGCAUUUUGCAUCUGCGCACUCCACCAUACCACCCACAGUCGAAUGGGCUCGCCGAACGGUUUGUCGAUAUAUUCAAGCGAGGAAUGAAGAAAAUAACAACGGGGGGAGAGGCCCUUCGUGAAGCUAUCGACACCUUUCUCCUGUGUUACCGCUCUACCCCGUGUCGUAGCGCACCUGCUGGUAAAUCGCCUGCAGAGCUGUUGGUAGGCAGGAAGCUGCGUACCGCACUGGACUUGUUAAAACCUUCUGCACCACCAACACAGUCCAACCAUUCUGCACAGGAGGCUCAAUUUAAUCGGAAGCAUGGUACGAAGUCGAUCAACUACGAUGCCGGGGAUUUGGUCUGGGCAAAACAACAUCGAAACAAUGCCUGGACAUGGGAAGCUGGCCGAGUCAUCGAGCGUGUUGGCCAUGUCUUAUACAACGUCUGGCUGACAGAUGGCCAGCACCUAGUGCGCUCACACUGCAACCAACUUCGUAAGCGAAACUCUCCAGACCAGCCCGACCAACAACAAUCUUCGGAUUGUUGUUGGGUUCCUGCGGAAUGA